AUGGGCAUUGUGUAUCAAACAAUCGGCAUGAUGGGGUCCUUUGUGAUCGCCAGCUCAUUGGUGCCGCAGAUGAUGAAGGUGUGCAGGACCAAGAGCGCCGAGGACAUCAGUCUCCGCUUCCAGCUGCUAUACUGUCUUGGCAUUGGACUCAUCUUGGUCUACGGCAUCGGCGAAGACUUGUGGCCGAUCUACAUUCCUGCCGCCGUCGAAGAGGUUGCGGGGCUCCUUAUGCUGAGUUUGAAGCUGUACUUUGACCACGGCGACACGAAGCCUGGUGUCUCCGACGCCAGCAAGAACCACCAACUCGAACUGGACGCGUCGCCCCUUACUCGGCGAAGCGAGACUAAGUUCACUGACGUAGCACACACUUCCUGA